CUCUCUCUACAUAGCCUAUACUCUCUCCACGCACAUAUAUGAUAUAUAUAUAGAUCCCUUUCUCUCUCUCUUCUCUGUAAUUAUCAAUUCUCCACUCUCUAUAUAUCACUCUGUGCUCUCUCUCUCUCUCUCUCUCUCUCUCUACAUGACUCUUUCUUGGUAAUUAAGCUUUCUUCUCUCUCUCUCUCUCUCUCUCUCUCUCUCUCUCUCUCUGCAUUUGUCAAUUGUCUGUUACUGAAAUCACACUCGCAUCCAUAUACAUCUUUCGCCGCCGAAAUUUCUAGGGCUUCGUCGGCGAAGGAAAUGAGGGAUGUGUUCGACGCUGGCAAAGAAGAUGGCAUCAUCGUGCUGGCGACCCGUUCGACAAUAUGCCCGUAUGAACAAGGAUAAUAACACCACCACCAACAAAAACGACGACGGCGGUGGUGGAUCGGACGGCGGCGAUGACGACGCGCUUCUCUGGUGCAGGGACCUGGAAAAGCACUGCUACGGCGAGCUCUCGUUCGCGGUGGUGCAGGCCAACGAGGUGUUAGAGGAUCAGAGCCAGGUGGAGACGGGACGCGACGCCACGUUCGUCGGGGUCUACGACGGACACGGUGGCCCUGAUGCCUCCCGCUUCAUUUGUGACCACCUCUUUCGUCAUCUCAUCAGGUUUGCUCAACAAAAUGGAACAAUAUCUGAAGAGGUACUCAGGAGUGCUUAUUCUGCUACUGAAGAUGGAUUUCUUUCUCUUGUGCGCCGGUCAUGUGGAAUAAAACCUUUGAUUGCCGCCAUCGGGUCUUGUUGUCUGGUUGGAAUCAUCUGGAAAGGGACGUUAUAUGUUGCUAAUCUAGGUGAUUCCAGAGCUGUAGUAGGCUACGAGGGUAGAUCAAGAAAAAUUGUUGCCGAGCAGUUGACUACGGAUCACAAUGCCAGCAUGGAGGAGGUUAGACAAGAACUUCAGUCCUUGCAUCCAGAUGAUUCACAUAUUCUUGUUAUGAAGCACGGGGUGUGGCGUAUCAAAGGGAUCAUUCAGGUUUCAAGAUCUAUAGGGGAUGCAUACUUAAAGAGGCCAGAGUUCUCACUUGAUCCAUCAUUCCCACGGUUCCAGCUUCCCGAACCUCUCCGUCGGCCAGUUCUAACUUCUGAACCAUCUAUCUGUUCCAGAGUUUUACGGCCAAAGGACAAGUUUCUUAUAUUUGCAUCUGACGGACUUUGGGAACACAUGACAAACCAACAGGCUGUUGAUAUGGUGUUCAAUAACCCUAGAGCAGGCAUUGCGAGAAGACUUAUUGUAUCAGCUCUGAAUGAAGCAGCUAGGAAAAGACAGAUGAGAUAUGAUGAACUAAAGAAGUUUGAAAGGGGAGUGAGACGGUUCAUUCACGACGACAUUACAGUGGUUGUCAUCUUUAUUGACCAUGAGUUGCUGCAUAAAAAAACCUCUGUUCCAGAACUAUCAAUACGAGGGUUCACCAAUACUGUUGGGCCAUCGAAUUUCAGCAUUCUUCAAGGGCAGCCAAUUUCUUGAAUUUGUCAGUCUUUGUUGAGAAGCCUAGGUUCUGCAAGUUUUUUCAUGUUCCUUGAUGUUUUUGCAACCUCAAAAGGUUUUUUCCCUGGUAGUUUUGUUCUGAUCCUCCCAAGUACCAUCUAAAACUAAAUUCCAAUGUGCACCUGGUUUUUCUGCCAUUCUGACAUGCAUUUUGUGGCGAUAGAUUUCGAAGGGGAAGAUGUGAUUUUUGUCUGAUUGUUUUGGUUUCAAGUGUUCUUCCCUGUCACCGUUGUGGACUUUUUUCCCGCUCUUCUAUCAAAUUGCUACUCUUCUCGAGUUGUAUACUCAGCAAUGCCCUCUCAUUGAUCUUCUAGAAUUGCUCACUGUUGCUCCUCUCAUUGCUGUAAGAUCCCUUCUUUUUGUCUUAGGACCAAGAAAGGGUGGAGAAAUGCCUAGUGAAGAGAGUAUUAUCGGCAAUGCAAGAAAUGGUAAAGCACUUGUUUGCAUUUUGCCAACCCGUUUCCACUGUGGUUACCACUGGUGAGAGUUUCUGUGUCUGUAAUGCUUGGAUACCGUUAGCAGUCAAGCCUGUUGAAUACUAGACAAGUAUGGGUGAAUUCAAAUGAAGGGCCGGUUUUUAAUUUUCUCA